AUGGCUGACGUAAAGAUCGAGUUCGAGACUUUCCAAAAUGUCAUCAACAACGAAUUGACUCCCACAGCCGAGACCCGCCGUGCAAUCUGUUCAAGCACAGAAGAGCCUCUCUGGGAAUCGCCCGUCUCAACCCAGGGAGAUGUCGACCGUGCUGUGAGCGCUGCCAAGGCCGCCUAUCCUGCCUGGCGUAAGCUGUCGCAGGAUGAGCGUGCUGCUUAUCUUAACAAGUUUGCCGAUGCUGUUGAGGCGCAUCAGAAGGAGUUCACCGAGCUCCUCUGCCGUGAGGCGGGAAAGCCACCUCAGGCUGCUGGGGUUGAGAUGUUUUUUGUGAUGCAGAAUCUUAGAACGGUUCCUACCAUGAGGCUGAAGGAGGAGAAGCCUGAGGAUAACGAUGACCGAACUGCUAUUGUGCGAUAUGUCCCUCUUGGCGUCGGUGUCGGUAUCGUUCCAUGGAACUUCCCUAUGGUUCUCGGCAUUGGCAAGGCUAUCCCUGCUAUGAUGGCCGGUAACACAUUCAUCUGGAAGCCCUCCCCAUACUCGCCCUAUACAGCACUGAAGCUUGCUGAGAUUGGAGCCAAGGUGCUCCCUCCAGGUGUUUUCCAGGCUCUCAGUGGCGGCGAUGAUCUGGGACCUAUGCUGACUGCCCAUCCUCACGUGGCCAAGGUUAGCUUCACUGGCUCUACUGAGGUUGGCAAGAAGAUCAUGGCUUCUUGCGCUGCUACUUUAAAGCGUGUCACGCUGGAGCUUGGCGGUAACGAUGCUGCUAUUGUCUUGGAAGAUGUUGAUAUUCCCACAGUGGCUGCUAAGGUUGCAACGUAUGCCUACCUCCACACAGGACAGAUCUGCAUGGCAAUCAAGCGUAUCUAUGUGCAUGAGAGCAUCUACGACGAGUUCCUUGCCGCCGUCACUGGCUUCCUGGAUGCCGUCAAGACUGGCGACUACACCGACGCCGAGGCAUUCUUCGGACCUAUCCAAAACAAGAUGCAGUUCGAGAAACUGCAGAAGCUGUACGAGGAAGUCGACAAGCAAGGAUGGAAGCGUGCCUACGGCAGUGCACCCGAAAAGCGAGAGAAGGGUUACUUCAUCCACCCCGUCCUCAUCGACAACCCACCCGAGGACUCUCACAUCGUCCAGACCGAGCCUUUCGGACCUAUUGUUCCUAUUAUGAAGUGGUCGUCUGAGGAGGAGGUUAUCAGGCGUGCUAACGGCACAGAUCUGGGUCUUGGUGCUUCUGUUUGGGGCAAGGAUGUUGCUCGCGCUCAGCGAAUUGCUGAGGAGCUGGAGGCUGGAAGCAUCUGGGUCAAUACACAUUUCGAACUUGGAGCUAAUGUGCCUUUUGGUGGACAUAAGCAGAGUGGUCUUGGAAUGGACUGGGGUGAGGUUGGACUUAAGGGUUGGUGUAAUCCUCAGGCUUACUGGGUGAAGCACUCUUGAGCGUAAAGAUAAAUAUCAUGAGUUGAGUUAUACCUAGCUAAGAAGUUAUAUGAGUUGAAAUAUCCCC